AUUUAGGUCAAGCCGCCAAAAGUCAAAUUUUAGGAAGAUUAGAUAUUAAAAAUAUAUUAGAUAUUGUCAUCGGAUACCGGAACCUUGGCAGACUUCCUGAAUUUUUACGAGAUAAUAUUGAGGAUCAAGAAAUGGAAUUAGAAGAACAGGAAGAACGAGAAAGUUCGGGGGAAGAGCUAGAAGAAAUGCAGGAAGAAGAAUUAGAAGAAGUGUUGGAAGAAGAGCUGGAAGAAGGACAUAAACUCUAUGCAAGGAAAGCUUACAAAGAUCUUUAUCACAUAGUUACCAGCGAGGAUUGUGAUCCCAGAUUCCUUCCAGAUGAAGUAGAUGAAGCAAGCAAUUUAUUAUACUGUUUUGAGGGUACCAAACACCAUGUCGGAACAUUUAGAGACUUUUCGGAUCAACUAUAUAACAAUUCCAAAAUUUGGUACUUGGUGGAUAGCACACCUCCACUCGGCAUCCAAGCAAGAACGGUGGUUUCUGCAUCAGCAAGAAUUAGAAAUUUGCCAAAAGAAAUCUUCCCGAUGGUACCACCAGAUUUGAUGUACGACCUCAUUGAUGAAGCGGGAGGUAUACCAAGAUACGUUCUUGCACUACCAGCAUCCAUUAUUCAAAAAUUGAAAAAAUGUGAGAAUUCACAGUCUCUUAAAAAUCGAGAUUAUAUUGAGAUUAAGAAAAUGUCUUUAAAACAUGUUGAAGACUCCCUCUCUGAAGUCAGCGAUAUCUCAAGGCUUGUUCAGUGCUUUUCUCAAAAUGCUCGAUAUGUCGAAUACAGCAGUCAGCUUAUUCAUCGAAUCGUGGCAAAACUGGAAGAUGAAAGAUGGAAAAAUCUAUUUUUGAAAAUACAAGAUCCUAAUGAUCUUUCCAGCUCUAGGGGGAUUAUGUUCGAGUCACAUGUGCUUCACCUAUUCAAAGUUGGUGGCAUGAAAUUCGAAGCAAAAAGUUUACAAAAAAAUAAGGGUGAUCAGAUCUUUUACGACGAAUUGAAUUUAAUAAAUAACCCAAAAAUAAAGUACAUCCGACAAGCUAUCCAUCUCCAAAAUUGCGAUGAGGAUAGCAUUAUCAAGCCAACCAUAAAAAAUUUUGGUGCGGCUGCUGCACCAGACAGGAUCUUUCAAAUUACAGUGUCACAAAACCAUCCCAUUAAACAUAGCGAACUGGUCAAAAUAAUUCAAAAUAUGCCAGCAAUCAAAAAAAAUCCUAAUGCAAGAAUUUAUUUUUAUUUUAUUGUACCAGACAAUAUAUAUGAUACAUUCAGACACCAAAGAUAUAUAACACCAAAGAAAAAAAUUGGAAAAGAUCUCGAGGCCUUUAAAGAAAUUAAACGUAAAUCAGCCAUCCUCAAUAAUGUAGAACAAUGGGCAUUAAAAAUAAAAAUGACGCCUGAAAUGAAUGUAACUUCUGUGAUUAAUAACAUGGUAACGGCAGUAAAAAAAUCUUCUAUUUAA